AGGGGCUGGGCUGGGCUGGUUGCAGCUCCAGUCUAGGAGGCUGAGACUUUGAGAAGGACUGAGAGGGCAGACGCAUUCCGGACUUGCUCGAGGACAAGGCUCAGCUCUUGCCAGGCCAACUUGAGAUAUGUCUGACACAAGCGAAAAAGGUACGGGUCCAACCCGCUUCCAGACUGAAGUUCCAGAGAAGGACAGUGGCUUGAAGAUACAGAGCCUAUUGACAGUGACCCAGAACUUGGAGGUCUCAGAGACACAGAAGACCUCAAAGGCACCGGAGGUCCAAGAAGCCAUGAAGGUCUCAAAUGUUGCAGGAGUCUCAAAGGCCACAGAGGUCUCAAAGACUCCAGAGGCUCAGGAGACAGCUGCCACUCAGGCCUCACCUACCACUAAGCUGACUGAUACCCAGGUCCUGGCAGCUGAAAAGAAGAGUCCAGCAGCUGACACCAAGAUGCAGAGUGCUGACCCUCAGCCUGUGACACUGCCUGCCAAUGAGACCAAAAAGGUCAGCUGUGUGGCUAAUACAAAGGUCCUGGAGCCUGAAGCUCCUGCCUCUCAGGCUUUGGCAGAUGAAACUAAGCCUGAGGGUACAGCUGCUCAGGCUCAGGAGAAUCAAGAUACUCGGCCCAAGGUCAAGGCCAAGAAAGCCAGAAAGGUGAAGCAUUUGAAUGGUGAAGAAGAUGGCAGCAGUGAUCAGAGUCAGGCUUCUGGAACCACAGCUGGCCGAAGGGUCUCAAAGGCCCUAAUGGCCUCAAUGGCCCGCAGGGCUUCAAGAGGCCCCAUAGCCUUUUGGGCCCGCAGAGCAUCAAGGACUCGGUUGGCUGCUUGGGCCCGGAGGGCUUUGCUCUCCCUGAGAUCACCUAAGGCCCGUAGGGGCAAAGCUCGCCGCCGAGCUGCCAAGCUCCAGUCAUCCCAAGAGCCUGAAGCACCACCACCUCGGGAUGUGGCCCUUUUGCAGGGGAGGGCAAACGAUUUGGUAAAGUACCUCUUGGUUAAAGACCAAACGAAGAUUCCCAUCAAACGCUCAGACAUGCUGAAGGACAUCAUCAAAGAAUACACUGAUGUGUACCCUGAAAUCAUUGAACGAGCAGGCUAUUCCCUGGAGAAGGUAUUUGGGAUUCAGUUGAAGGAAAUUGAUAAGAAUGACCACUUGUACAUUCUUCUCAGCACCUUAGAGCCCACUGAUGCAGGCAUACUGGGAACGACUAAGGAUUCACCAAAGCUGGGUCUUCUCAUGGUGCUUCUUAGCAUUAUUUUUAUGAAUGGAAAUCGGUCUAGUGAGGCUGUCAUCUGGGAGGUGCUGCGCAAGCUGGGGCUGCGUCCUGGGAUACAUCACUCACUUUUUGGGGAUGUGAAGAAGCUUAUUACUGAUGAGUUUGUGAAACAAAAGUACUUGGACUAUGCCAGAGUCCCUAAUAGCAAUCCCCCUGAGUAUGAGUUCUUCUGGGGCCUGCGCUCCUACUAUGAGACCAGCAAGAUGAAAGUCCUCAAGUUUGCCUGCAAGGUCCAAAAGAAGGAUCCCAAGGAAUGGGCAGCUCAGUACCGAGAGGCGAUGGAAGCAGAUAUGAAGGCUGCUGCUGAGGCUGCAGCUGAAGCCAAGGCGAGAGCUGAGAUUAGAGCUCAAAUGGGCAUUGGGCUUGGCUCUGAAAAUGCUGCUGGGCCCUGCAACUGGGACGAAGCUGAUAUUGGACCCUGGGCCAAAGCCCGGAUCCAGGCGGGAGCUGAAGCUAAAGCCAAAGCCCAAGAGAGUGGUAGUGCUAGCUCUGGUGCUAGUGCCGGUGCUAGCGCCAGUGGUGGCUUCGGUGCCAGUGCCAGCCUGACUGCUACUCUCACAUUUGGGCUCUUCGCGGGCCUUGGUGGAGCUGGUGCCAGCACCAGUGGCAGCUCUGGUGCCUGUGGUUUCUCCUAUAAGUGAGAUUUCAGAUAUUCCUAAUCCCAGCAGUCUUUCUCUUCGAGCCAGGGUGCAUCCUCAGAAACAUAUUCAACACAGCACUCUAGGCAGCCACUAUCAAUCAAUUGAAGUCGACACUCUACAUUAAAUCUAUUUGCCAUUUCUGA